AUGGACUCGAUUGGUUCUGUCUCAACAUGGAGAGGAGAGAAACUGAAGGGCCCUAGCCAAUGGUCUUCAUGGUAUCAGGCCAUGAAACGUCUAGGGCAGAGCCUAGACGUUUGGGACCUUUGUGACCCAGAUCCAGGUCGCCGGACCCCUCGAACCCCAAUCGAACAGCCUAUCAUGCCGGCUGCACCGGUCCUGGAUAUACCGGACGAUGCAGAUAAAGAGGAGAUACGGUCGAUUAAGGAGGAUUAUCGAGAGGAGAGAACCGCCUGGCGGGACGAAAUGGAUAUCUUCAAGAUCCAGCUAGCUGCGUAUAAGGAACAGCAGCGUGGACUUCGGACUAUUGAUCAGGCCAUCACAGCAUCCGUGGAUUCGGCAUUAAACCGAGUCCUCGACCGGCUGGAUACGCCCUGUGAACGGAUUUCCCUCCUGAAAGAGAGAUUCGGCAGGACGUAUAUCCAUGGUGUCGAGACCCUCUGGAAAUGGAGGGAGGAGUGCAUAAAAGGACCCAGUAAGGGUCAGGACGUUCUCCGCUGGCUGGACGAGUGGGAGGAGCUGCGUGAAGAAGUUGUUAGUCUGGAAUAUGAGGACUCGACCCAUCAUGCACUACUACUGCUAAAAGCUGCCAAAUACGUCCUACCGAGCUGGUGGGAAAGCCGAUUCCAAGAGAUGGUGGUCAACCGAGAAUCGAUAGAUAUACAGUCUCUGAUCGAUUCCCUCAGGGCCACGUACAAGGAAUUCCAGCUGAACAAGAAGCCCCAGAACUCGAGCUCAAGGCCUGCUUUUGCGACCUCGACCUUUCAAGGGCAUAAGGAAGCAAGGCCAAACAACCAGGGUCCACCGGCCAAGUCCGGGGGAUUCGGGGACAGGAAGCAGUGCCCAUGCGGGGGUGCCCACCCCGUAUUGAAGUGCUGGACCUUGAAUGAAGACGAGCGCCCUGCCGAGUGUCAGGUCUCUAACCGCCGCCUUGAAGCUGUCAGACGUGCGUAUGAGAAAGAGCCUGAAUGGAAGGGGCUUAUAGAGCCUAUGGGAUCUAUUGAUUUUAUGAAUUCUAACAACAGGGAUGACGUUCGAGGACUCGCUUCGACGGCAGGGGGUGCCAGUGCACCAGAUCUUGCCACGGACGAAGUGCUGGCACCACCGGCCGCGGAGGAGCCCGCGGGGUCACAGAACGAAGGUUUAACAUAUAACAAGGGGACCGAAACACACGGUUGGACACCGCCACCUGAGGACGAUUCUGUUCCAGAUCAGGGGGUGGAGGAUGGGCAUGAAGCCCAGGAUGAGCACGGAGCUCAACUAAACAUGGAUCUGGCACCAGAUUCGCCAAAUUCACUACCACAAGAGGAUCCGGUAGCAGAUGUCGAUACUACGGAUCCAGGGGCAGACACGGACGACCAUGAAAUCGAAUCACAGCUCAACAGGGAUAUCGAGUUUAGGGAGAUCGAGUCCAGAAGGAUCGACGGCCUAGAUAUCGGCAAUAUCCAGAUGAUGAUACUACGUCGGUGA